AACCUCCUCCUGCAUUUGCGGGGCAAACAGCAUGGCUGACGAGGAGAUGAAUGGCCACAAGGCGGCGGAGGUGAAUGGCCAACUCGAGACGAGAGAUGACAACAACGAGGAUAUGAAGGACCCCGAUGAGGACGAGCAGCAGGACGAGGACGAGUCGGCGCGUCCCAUCAAGUUCCGCAACUACAUCCCCCGAAUGCCAGCGCUGCGCAAGGGUUGCAUGAAGCGGCCUGUCGUGGACGCAAUCGAGAAGCGCAUCGAAGAGGAGAUCCAGGAAGUCAUCGAGGCGGGACAGACAGAGGUGAGAGCAGGCAGGACAGACGCACAAGAUCACCUCGCCCGUGUGUGUUGCUGUGUGUCACUCGACAGGAUGCGUUGAGUCGCAUCUUGCCCAAGAAGGCCAACUGGGACUUGAAGCGUGACGUGGAGAAGCGCCUCGGACAGCUGAAGCGCAAGACCGACAGGGCGGUGCUGCAGAUCAUCCGCCGCAAGCUGCAGGACGACAAGACAGAGAGCAUGAAGGAGCUGCACCAACCGGUCACCGGCAAAGGCAGCAACGACAACGACUACGUCGAGCAGCAGCCUGAGAAACUCACACGCACACAGGUGGGAAAGUGGGUGGCGAGAGAGGCUGGGAGGGAGGGAGGAAGGGAGGGAGGGAGGGAGGGAGGGUGCAUCGCAUCGCAUCCAUGUUUUUGUGUACGUCCCACGUGGGUAUGCGUCUGUGUUGUCACUAACUUGUUCAGAUGGAGACCGCUCAUUCGGUGUUGGCUGCUGCUGAGCGGUUUGAGGCGCUCGAGACCGAUGAACUUUCAGAUGAGGGCGAGUGACCGGCUGGGCGUGUCGUUCGAUUUGUGCUGGACACGCUUCUACGGCAUGGAGGAGGGAGGCAGGCAGGCGGGCAGGCAAGCUGGGAGGCAGGGGGGAGGGAGAGCUGUGUGCAGCAGCUGUCAAUUGUUUUCUGUCGCUGUCCGGUGGCAUGAGUGACUAGUCACGUCACCUACUCGAUCAUGCGCAUGAUCGAGUAGGUCACGGUGACUGGCCACUCCGGAUCCUGCAUGGCCGGACAGGGCAGAAAACACGACCUAACGUACGUGCAUUGGCGUCAAGUUGUGUCUUCCAUACUUAGUUUAUCGCACUAGCUAGUGUACAGUUGAUCAGCCAGUCAGUCAAGGACAGACAUGAUAAAGCGUGAAGGAUGCACGCUCAAAGAUUCAUUCAUUGUGCAUCAUGUCAUGAAGCGAACAUUCAUUCAUGCGCAUUGCCUGUGGUCCAUCGAUGAGUCCUGUCAUCAAUCAGUGUGGCGUG